AGACAUGUUGAGCAAAGCUGUUCAGAUUUGCGUUGGGGCCUGGACCGCGCCUGAUAAUUGCUGGAGUGGGGCUUGGCAGCGAUGGGGAACGCAGUGCAGCGACUCUGCCCGCGACGGUUCGGUGGCAGCCCUGAGGCCAGGGAGCCUUUCCGAGACAGCGAAGCCGGCGCUCCAGGCAUGUCGACCAGCAGAGAGAGGGUCCCCGUCAACACCGUGCAGCUCGUAGUGUCUUCGAUCGGACCGGGAGCAUACCACUCCUCCGUCGUCGUGAACGGCGAGGAGUACUCCUUCAGCGACGGCGGCAUACAGACCGCCCCGGGAUUCGCGAGUCACACCGCGAUGGCCGAGCAGCAGGGCAAGGAGAACAAGCCUCAGGUGAUUGAUUUCGGCAAGUCUCAUUACUCGGGCAGCUCCCUCAGGGCCAAGAUUGAGAGGUACUUCCUGCCUGGCACGUACGACCUCCUCCGCAAGAACUGCAACUCGUUCUCGGACGUCGCCCUCUUCUACUUGGUGCACAAGCGCAUGGACGGGAAGUACCGGUCGAUGGAGAAGUUGGGGUCAAGUUUCAGCGGCCUCGUGCAGGGAUUCAGCGGUGGAAAGUACACGCCGAACCCGAAGGCAGCAGAUUUUGAUAUUGAACAGGUGAUCAAAGAAAUCGACCCCGAGAAGGUCUGGUCCACCCCUGGACACGCCACCGGAGGAGCAGUGCUUACAGACCCAGGCGCGAUGCGAGAGGCGCGGCUGGCCGCACUCUCCCGAGCUGACGGGAGCGCAGCCUGAUAUGCGCACGAUCAGGGCGAGCUUGCUAUUCCUUGUCGUCUCGGGCCAGUUAGGUUCCUGUCUCCCACUGCUUUUGCAUUUACGCUGUCCUCCCCUGCAUUCCUCCGCGACAUGGCGGUGACCAGGUGCGUGGGAAGCCAGAAGUGUUUUCCGCACAGGCGGCGCGAUGGCGCUAGGAGGUGGCUGGGAGGAGGGCUCUGCGCGAUUACUGCUGAGGGCACGUGGUGCACUGAAUCCGCCUGGUCAGAAGAUGGCCUUGCUCAGGAGCGAAAGAAGGACGCACACGUACAUACAUGAAUCCACGUUGGUUUCGAGAGUACGCAUUGCGCGAAUGUUCGUAUCACGCGGACGGUCUCGCGUAUCGAGGGGCCGUGUUCAUGUACAUGGUUGGGCGCGUACGUCCCUUGUGCGCUCCCUACUUGCUCAUGUCCUGAUGCAGUCCAGCCCAGGAGGAGCCCCGAGGGAGCGCGCCGCCAGUAACGGCGUGCUCGGACGCUGCCUCCGAAGUGCGCGGCGCAGAAUCAGCGGCUGCUCUUCGGCCAGACGGCCUUGUCGGCUGGGAGGUGACGUAGCCGGUCGAGACAGUGAAAAAGUUACACAGGCUGCACGAGGCCUGCAGUAGGCGUCAGGAUCCCAAGAAUCGAAGGCCGAAAGUGUCGCAUAAAACAUGAGCAUCCGGAGGUCCGCGCAGAUACCUGCCUAGCGCCGGCCCGAGAAGGCCGCGCGCACUUCCGAAAGUGCACUUCUCCCCCCGCCUCCAGCCUGCUGGGAAGGUCAGC